AUGUCAACAUUUCUAUCAUGUGCGACAGGGCGCCGUAAAGAUGGUACUUUGUUUGUAGUCCCUUCUGACUCAUCGAAGAAUCAGACAUUAUUUGAAAUGGUGUCUCCGGACGUCGAGACACAAACUUGCGUGAUCACAAUAACAAGUGUUCUGGGUGUUCCGUCGAAGGGGCGCGAUGUCUGUUUGACUGUUGAGUUGUCAUACCCUUUCAGACUGAUUGUACAAGACAAUCCGCGUGUUCCAACGCGCUGGCAAUUCUCGAACAAAAAGUUGUGGGCGUUUCCGAACAUGGAGAAAGAAGACGAGAUCCCGUUUGGGAUGGUCGACAUAAUCCAGUUCAAAGGUUCUGCAUAUUUUGCCCUUUUAUGUGCUCCUCUUUACGCCAGCCUCUCAGAGAAGUCAGAUUUCUCGCUUUUCGCCAAGAUUGACGAGAAGAGAAUGCGAGAUGAUUUUUUCUUGAGUUUGAUUAAUGAGAUCCCGAAUGUCGAUGUGAUUCCCGGCACGCCCUAUUUUCGUGCAAUCUUAUCACUCAAAAAGCCGAGACGAGUCACUUUGCGAUUUGUGCGGAACGAGGACUGCGAACAAAUAAUCAUGUGCACUGGGGCGUUUGACUAUACAACUCGUCUCAUAUUUGGGAAGUGGUACCUUUCUCUUUCAAACAACGAGAUUGUGUGGUGUAACGAGGAGAAAGAAGCACUCAAUAUAAAACGAGAUAAGUAUGGUCGUCUCUGUGUAGUGAAAGAUGGGAAAGUCAAUGGUUUCAUAGUCUUAGGAAAACAACGGGACGAAGAGUCCUAUUUCCUCAAGUUUAACAAUCUCGGCGAGAUGGAGUCGGAAUGCAAAUUGGUCGCUAUCAUGCAGAUCACAGAGGAGAAAAGAGACGCUUUUGUCUUCACUGAUGGCUGUUGGAAAGACAACGAAAGCAGAUUUGUCGAGUCGAAAUCGGGAGAAGGAAAAGAGGAAUUCUUGAAUAACGAAGACGUCGAACUCGACGAGGAACUUUGCAAAGACCUGUGCGUCAUUAAUAUGGAGGAUAUGAAAAGGGAAAGUGAAGGUCCUACUGAGAAGGAAAUACAAGACUUCAACGAUGUGGUCUAG